UUCGGCGGGAGAUAUUUUCCAUCCAGGACACUAAAAGACCUAAUAAGGCCCCUAAAAGUAGACCCCAAGUGGUGUCCUGGAAUCCUCCAAUGCAUAACCAUAGAACCCUUAACAUUGGCCACACCAAAAAUGGGCUCUCACAUAGUUUCGGAUUUUUGAUAAGGAACCACAACGGUGCUAUGAUCUUUCACCACCAAAGCAACCUUUUUUCCUCCUCCACUGUGAGGGCUUUCAUAGAGGCAUACUACGACUUUCUCAUUUUCUGCAGGGACAGGAGGAUCUACUACUCCAACAUCCAAAUUGAUAAUGCCCAAGUCUUCCAAGCCAUUAAUCUUCAUUGUGUGCAAAAUUGGGAUCAAAUUUUCAUCAUCUCUUGCAUUAGAAGGAUUUUGCAUCAUAACCACAUCACGAUCAGUCUUGUUAACGAAAAGGUCAACUGCGCUGCGAAAGAAAUUAGCAUGGGAGUUGACGUACAAUCCAAAAAAUUCAGCAAUAUUCUCAAAUUCGAUGCUAUUGCUUUUCCUUAUAUUAUAUAGAUUUCUUUUCCGGGUAGGCUUUGGUCUAGUCCUCCUACCGUGUCUCUAGCUCCCUCUAAGCCUUAAUAAAUGGUAAGGUGUUCCCCAGCCCUUACCCCAUCUUGUGAUGGUUUGCCACUG